UGGAGUUUCCCCUUUUUUACCAUAUAUAUACUGAAAAUCAAGCAGAGAAUUUCACGAACAAAUGUAUCACUAAAAGGAACACAUCUAAGAAAAAUAACACCAUGGCAAAAUACGAAACAACUGUAGUAGUUCCAAAGGCUGGCGUAGAGGGUCUGAAAACUGUGGUACCCAUACAGGUCAAGUCCUCUCGAUGUUGGAUAUGGAAGACGUUUGCCGUAAUCGUCUUCCUCGGCCUCUGCAUAGCGGCUUCUGUAUUCUUUCCCUGGCAUUUAAUGAAAGCAGAACAAAUCAGCACGGCAUCAGAGCAUCGACAAGUCCUACAGGAAACCGCUAAGCGCACAAAGGCUGCCAUUCAUUUACAUGGUGAGCUAAAUCAAACUAAAAAGUCAAUGAAGUGGGUCAGCGGAGGGAAGCAGUCCUUUGAGCAAGGCGGCCUUAAACUGAUUGACAACAAGAUUCACAUUCCAGUUGAUGGCCUUUAUUUCGUGUACAGCCAGGUGGCCUAUGGUGUACAGUGCAAAAAGGAUCGAGAUGGUGAAACGCAGAAGUUCCUAAGCCACAGUAUCUUGCGGUAUUCAGAUGAAAUGGGUGCACAAAUACCACUGCAGGAUUCUGGCCACUUUAUCUGCCAGUCAGGAAAGAAUAAGAAGAUAACGUACAGCACAAUCUAUCUCGGCGCUGUCUUUAAGCUUCUGCAGGGCGACAGGCUGUCAACAUCAACCAACUAUGAAGAUUACAUUGAUGAUGAUUCUUCAAAAACAUUCUUUGGACUGUUUGCACUGUGAACUAAAUUAUGGUAAAAGUAGUUGCACGAAAGGUCUCUUACCGUCAUAAAUAUAGACGGUAAACUGAACUUCCGAUACACAUUCACAAACAAUUGAGUGCCUGUAGAUUAUUUCUGAUAACAAUCAAAAGACGCCAAGAACCGUUUCUUGGCUAAACUUGUCACUCCAGUAUUUAGAAUUUAGACUCUGAUACCAAGCUCAACAUCUAGAUGUCAGUAUACCAAACGGUUUGUGUAAACUGCAACUGCAACUGAACUACAGGACCCAUUCAACAAAUUGUUUAUUUAAUAAAAUGAACAUACAAAAAUAUUUAAUUCAAUUAAAGUAACAGUAAUAAUAAUACUAAAUAAUAUUAACAUAAAUAAAAUAUAAAGUAAUAUUAUUAGACACUAGUCAAACACAACCACAAGUUAAGUUGAAACAGUCUAUAUGGUGCUCACUAAAAUGAUUUUAGUCAUGUGACUUACCCCACUUUUGGCAGAUUGCGUUCUAUGCGGGUCUUUGCACUUGACCGCUUGACUACUUGUGUUUGACUACUGCUUAGACACUAGUAUUCUGGUGGCUUUGAAAAUCCCAAGUGAGGAUGCUGUAUUUCUAACCCGAUGGGACACUUAGCAAGUGUAAACAUAUAACGUUAAUUAAUGUUGGGUUUCUAAUUUUGACAUAAAAAGCAGAUUUACAAAAUACAUAACUCUGGAGUUUUCACCAAUAAAAUAUGUAACACUACGUUUUACUACUAAAUUGUAUGUAAUUGUAUUAUAUAGUUUAGUUAAUUUGUAUAGCACUUUAUUUGUAUUGUAUCAAAUAACAAAAACAAAGAAAAGCACACGUUAUCCAAAAUUUCAAUAAAUAAAGAUAUAACCUCAAAAAGUAAUACACUAGAAAGCUUUCGGCAACAUCUCACGAGACCCGAGCAAAACGUCUCAUGAUUCUUAUCCAGAACAUGAUGCAUGAUGGGAUACGCUUAGCCUUAUUACCGCUCCGAAGCGGUAUUCAAACUAGUGUGGGUUUAGUGUGCAUUAAGCGCACUGCCCUUUGGCAUUUUUAAGACAUUGGAAACAUUUGUGCUCUUCAUUUUUCCCAGUCAGCGGGGUGUUCCCCUAGGUGAGUGACGUCACAUGAAUAAAUGAUCAUAUGCGGAUGCAACCACAUACUAUAACGUAUUAUCUUCUUGUCCCUGUUAGCGACUAUAUUCGCUGAACGUUAUUUGGCAACCCAAUACAAACAUACUUUUAAUGUGGUUAAAUUCCUGUCUUUUUUUGAUAAAUGUAGAUUUUUAUUCAACGACCGAAUUCUAAUUUACCUGGAACCACGUUCCGACGUCCCCAACCUCUCUUUAUUCCACAGUUAUUUAUUAUUUUGCUGCACAGACCGCUCAAUUGUUCUUAAUGGCUGUUCACACAUACAGGUCUCACUCCAUAUUUCCGUGAUAUUUGUAUUAGCGAUGGGAAGAUUUAUCGAUUAAUCGAUUAGCAUCGGUUCAUCGGAAUAAAAGGUAACGGUGCGAUGCAUCGAUUUAAAAAGUUGUGCAUCGGAUUCCAAGUAGGGUGACCACCACCCAACAAACCAAACGUGGGACAGGUAAUCCGUUUGUGUGGGACACCAUUGAUAGGUAGCGCAAAACUGUGAUAUAAAAACGGAAUGAAAUAGAUUUAUCAUUUGCCUGCUAGCUACUAGCGGAACCACUACCGCUAGCAUGACGUCGAGUUAGCAAACGAUUAAAACGUUUUUCACUCUCCGCUGACUAUAAAGCUCUGCUUGUUCCAACGCAAUAACCGAUCCAAUCUUUUUUUAUUUUUUAACAUAUUUGGGUUACAGAGAACGAGGCUUCCAAUACCUCCACCAAGUCAAGACCUGUUUGUGAAAGUGCCCCUGCGUUAGAAGUCUGGAGGCACCUUGGUAAC